AAGGGCCCGAGCCCGCCGGAUGGCUGUUCAGUUCCGGGCGCUUUUACGCACAGAGACGCACGCGCGCUUGCCUGCCUGCCUUUUGAGUGACCGCGCCGAAGUUUGGCUCCGUUUCCAGCCACCGCAGGAGGACUGCUGCCUGGUGUCGUCUGCCCGUCCUUCCCUUCUUCCACGCCGGCAAGCCGCAGCGAUGUUGGCGCUCAGCUCUGCCCGCCGCCUGAUGCUGCUCCUGGGGCAGCCUCAACAGUGCCGGGCCGCCGCUGCCUCCGGGGACCUGCUGCUGCUGCAGGUCUCCUCCGAGGGCGCCCUGAGCCGUGCCUGCCGCCGUGCCUGCAGCAGCCACAAGCGCGGCGACAGCGACGACAACCCGCUGGUCUACUUGGACGUGGGAGCGGACAACCAGCCCCUCGGCCGGGUCGUGUUGGAGCUGAAAGCUGAUGUGGUGCCAAAGACUGCAGAAAAUUUUAGAGCGCUGUGCACUGGAGAAAAGGGCUUCGGAUACAAAGGAUCCACCUUUCACCGAGUGAUUCCUUCUUUUAUGUGCCAGGGCGGCGACUUUACAAAUCACAACGGAACAGGUGGCAAAUCAAUAUACGGUAGUCGGUUUCCUGAUGAAAACUUCACCCUUAAACAUAUCGGACCAGGUGUUCUCUCAAUGGCCAACGCUGGACCCAACACUAACGGAUCUCAGUUCUUCAUUUGCACAGCUAAAACUGAUUGGCUGGAUGGGAAGCAUGUUGUGUUUGGCCACGUGAAGGAAGGGAUGGAGAUUGUGAAAAAAAUCGAGAGCCUUGGCUCCAAAAGCGGGAAACCUUCAAAGAAGAUUGUCAUCACUGACUGUGGCGAGCUGAAAUAAGUCAAGAUGUGGGAGCCUCUGGCGAAUCGUUGAUGCAAAAAAAGGAAUCUGCGUGAAUUAUUACUUGCACAUUUCUCAUCUGGAUAAGACUUUGUACUGAUAAGGAUACUAACUCCUUGCUGAGCCAUGAUCAAGGACAAUAGAUGAAGAAUUUCAGCUUGGAAAAUUCAUUUGAUCUCACAUGACCAUAUUCUGGGUUUUUUAGUUUUGUUUUUUAAUUGUACUACUUUUUAUUUAAGUGUUACACUGAAGGUUCUCUUCAGUGCUUUAUAAUGGAAAAUACAAGAACAAUGGUUCCUAGCAAAGAUCUGCUAAGAAUUCUCUGAAGUAUCUUAUAAUCUGAGCUGGGAAUCUUAUAAGAUUCUUAGUUAGAGGGGGGAGUAACUAAGUUUCUUACAAUUUAAAGAUUAUCCUGUAGUCUGAUUGAACUUGAACUCUAUUUCAAAUGAAUGUAUUAAUGUAUGAUCUCCAGCUUCUGUGGAACGGCCAUCAGAAUAUGGGUAGCUAAAUGAUUAACUGAUGUGACUUGGGAGUUCAGCUGAUUGAUCAAGGUAACAUAACGAACAGCACUCUUUCCCCUCCCCCUACUGAGAAAAUACAACGGAAGGUGCUAAAGAUCCACUUUAUGCAAGGGGACACCAGUACUUGAAGUACAUGGCAUCAGUGGAUUUCCUACUUCUAAAUUUCUUCCAGUCUUGGACCAUCUAGAACAGGCAUCCCCAAACUGCGGCCCUCCAGAUGUUUUGGCCUACAACUCCCAUGAUCCCUAGCUAACAGAACCAGUGGUCGGGGAAGAUGGGAAUUGUAGUCCAAAACAUCUGGAGGGCCAAAGUUUGGGGAUGCCUGAUCUAGAACUUUUAACAAAGGGCAGAAUUAACUAAUAAUUACUUUGACUGCUUAGAAUGUAAUGCUUGUGACAUGCUAGUUUUAGGAUUUGAAUCUGGGAGCAUGUUACCAAAUCAGUCAGACAUUCUGAAAGGAACUAGCCAGACCUACAUAACAUGUAACUGAACUUUUAAAAUGGAGAAUGGGAAAGCCUUUCUUUUAUUAUUAUUAUUAUUAUUAUUAUUAUUAUUAUUAUUAUUAUUAUUAUUAUUAUUAUUUUAUUAUUAUUUCCUCUACUGUGAUGGAUCCACUGUGAUAGCAUCUCACUGUAUUCCAAAUAUAGUAGGUUUGAUUUAUGUAAGAGCUGGUAUUAAAUACGGUUUUUCUGUGCUUUGUCUUAAAACCAGAGUAAGUAGCUGAGAGAGGCUAUGGAGAUUGAUAGAAUAAUGCAAGGAGGGAAAAGUUGAAGCAGUGGAUUAUUUAUCCCACUUGCUUCACUCUCCAGUUAUGGGAUUGGAAGGUUCAGCUGAAGCAAGCUGAAUUUAGGAAGAAAUACUGAAAUGAUAAGGAGGCCCUCUGUACCAUAUUCUGGGUAUAUCUACAAUAAUUCUUGAUACUGGAGGUAUUGAUAAGUCCCAGAGAUCCUUGAAUGUACCCCAUACCAGUCACAGAUCCUAUAAGUUCCUAUGGUACCCUGUGGGAAGGGGGGAUGUUAAACCGAUUUCUGUGGUGUAGGUAUAUCCUGAAUCACAGGAAAAGUGACCGACAUAAUCAGUAGCAUUGUCGCUUUCUCUCAGGUGUGUUCAAAAUUCACUGCAGGCCAGCAGUGAUGAACUUACAAUCACAGGUACAGAGCAAGGAAGGAUGGCUGAAACAUCCUGAGAUUCCCUGUGCUUGCACAUGACUGUGAAAUGGCCUGUUGAAACAAGCUGAUAAGUCUGUGUUCUUGGAGCUGGCUCCUGCUUGUUGGCUUCUGUUGAGGGGGAAAUGAAACAGGGAACCUCACAUGGUUCUUUUUAACCAGACCUACCUUUUUAAUUUUUAAGUACAUUAUAGGGAGCUGAUUCUGAGCAUUUGGUAUAGUAAAUAUAUAAAAUGUGAAAUACCCUUCUAUGAUGUGAGUGUUUUUCCCAUAGCAGGUUACAUCUCUGCAGGUUGAAAAUACUACUUUUUGCACUAGGCUCGUGCAGGCAGUGAAAGGUUAAUUUAAAAACAAAUAGGAUACCCCCAGUCAAUUGUUCUUGCGUUCUUUGGAGUAUAUUUGAAAUACUAGCAAUCUAAGUUGUUUGGCUUAGGUUGAGUAUCAAUAACUGGUAUUUUUGUUACAUGUUCUUUUUUGUAUGUGUAAAGUCAUUAAAUACCUUUUUGUAAAAA